AUUGAACUGUUGUCUCACUACGGGUCCGAACACUUCUGUCCGUUGAGUGUUGUGCGAGUGUUCGGCACUUCGCUCUUCGAAGAGGUGGAGCGCAUCGACACACUCGACGCCAAUCAGUUGACGGCCGCCGGUGUUGAGGAGGAAGAGUCGCCUAUCGCUGAAGAGAUGUUGGGCAACGACGAGUCGGCGCAAAAUUUGUUUGGCACCGCCAGAGACGCCGUGUUUAAUAUUGUCCGCAAAGCGGCGCAGGCUCUCAAUGGUUGGUCACAACUGUCCGCUUGCAAUAGUGACGAAGUUUUGGUCACAACUAUCAAUGAGACGAAUAUAACGCAAAUGAAUGCAUCGGUCGACGAUUGCGUACAAAUGACUGCCAUUCGGUUGUAUCCAAAAGUGGAUAAAUAUCUGCAAAACUGCACCAAAACUACGAACCAUUCAAACUGUUGCCUGUAUUUAAAGGCGUUGUUU